AUGGAUGAGGAAAACAUGACGAAAAGCGAGGACCAGCAGCCUCUGAGUUUGCAAAAAGCCUUACAGCAGUGCGAGUUGGUCCAAAACAUGAUAGACCUGAGCAUCUCCAACCUGGAAGGGCUUAGGACCAAAUGUGCUACUUCCAACGACCUCACACAAAAAGAAAUCCGGACCCUGGAGAGCAAGCUGGUGAAGUACUUCAGCCGGCAGCUGUCCUGCAAAAAGAAGGUAGCCCUGCAGGAACGCAAUGCCGAGCUGGACGGCUUCCCCCAGCUCCGGCACUGGUUCCGGAUCGUCGACGUGCGGAAGGAAGUCCUGGAGGAGCUCACCCCGGGCCAGCUGAGUUUGGAGGACCUCUUGGAGAUGACGGACGAGCAGGUGUGUGAGACCGUGGAGAAAUACGGGGCCAACCGGGAGGAAUGUGCCCGCCUCAAUGCCUCCCUCUCCUGCCUCCGGAACGUCCACAUGUCAGGAGGCAACCUUUCCAAACAAGACUGGACCAUCCAGUGGCCCACCACGGAGACGGGGAAGGAGAACAACCCCGUGUGCCCCGCGGAGCCGACCCCGUGGAUCCGCACCCACCUCUCCCAGAGCCCCAGGGUCCAGUCCAAGUGCGUCCAGCACUACUGUCACGCCAGCCCCAGCCUGGGGGCCCCCGUGUACACCCACGUGGACAGGCUCACGGUGGACGCCUACCCGGGCCUGUGCCCGCCUCUGCCACUGGAGUCGGGCCACCGGUCCCUGCCUCCGUCGCCCCGGCAGCGGCACACGGUCCGCACCCCGCCGCGCACCCCCAACAUCGUCACCACCGUGACCCCGCCCGGCACGCCACCCAUGAGGAGGAAGAACAAGCUGAAGCCCCCGGGGACCCCGCCGCCCUCCUCCCGGAAGCUGAUCCACCUGAUCCCGGGUUUCACGUCCCUGCAUCGGAGCAAGUCCCACGAGUUCCAGCUGGGUCACCGCGUCGACGAGGCCCACACGCCCAAAGCCAAGAAGAAAAGCAAGCCGUUGAACCUCAAGAUCCACAGCAGUGUGGGCAGCUGUGAGAAUAUCCCCUCCCAGCAGCGCUCCCCGCUGCUGUCCGAGCGCUCCCUCCGCUCCUUCUUCGUGGGACACGCGCCCUUCCUGCCCUCCACCCCUCCCGUCCACUCCGAGGCCAACUUCUCCUCAAACACACUGUCAGUGCCACGCUGGUCCCCACAGAUCCCUCGCAGAGACCUCGGCAACUCCAUCAAGCACAGGUUUUCCACGAAGUACUGGAUGUCUCAGACAUGCACAGUCUGUGGGAAGGGGAUGCUUUUUGGCCUCAAGUGUAAAAACUGCAAGUUAAAGUGCCACAACAAAUGCACCAAAGAAGCCCCACCCUGUCAUCUCCUGAUCAUCCACCGAGGGGAUCCAGCAAGGUUAGUCCGGACAGAGUCCGUUCCGUGUGACAUCAACAACCCUCUACGAAAGCCACCCCGGUAUUCGGACCUGCACAUCAGCCAGACGCUCCCCAAAACCAACAAAAUCAACAAGGACCACAUCCCUGUUCCUUACCAGCCAGACUCUAGCAGCAAUCCCUCGUCUACAACGUCCUCCACGCCCUCCUCGCCAGCACCCCCGCUCCCUCCCAGUGCCACGCCGCCUUCUCCCCUACACCCUUCUCCGCAGUGCACAAGGCAGCAGAAGAACCUCAACCUGCCAGCGUCCCACUACUACAAAUACAGGCAGCAGUUCAUUUUCCCAGAUGUGGUGCCGGCGCCAGAGACGCCGACCCGGGCGCCCCAGGUCAUCCUGCAUCCAGUGACCUCGAAUCCAAUCUUGGAAGGAAAUCCAUUACUUCAAAUUGAAGUGGAGCCAACCUCAGAGAACGAGGAGGCUCACGACGAGGCCGAGGCAUCAGAGGACGACUUUGAGGAGAUGAACCUGGCCCUCCUCUCGGCCCGGAGCUUCCCGCGCAAGGCCAGCCAGACCAGCAUCUUCCUUCAGGAGUGGGACAUCCCCUUUGAGCAGCUGGAGAUCGGCGAGCUCAUCGGAAAGGGCCGCUUCGGGCAGGUGUACCACGGCCGCUGGCACGGGGAGGUGGCCAUCCGGCUGAUCGACAUUGAGACGGAUAAUGAGGGCCAGCUCAAGGCCUUCAAGCGCGAGGUGAUGGCCUACAGGCAGACGCGGCACGAGAACGUGGUGCUCUUCAUGGGCGCCUGCAUGAGCCCGCCGCACCUGGCCAUCAUCACCAGCCUCUGUAAGGGCCGGACACUCUAUUCUGUGGUGAGGGAUGCCAAGAUCGUCUUGGAUGUCAACAAAACGAGGCAGAUUGCCCAAGAAAUCGUGAAGGGCAUGGGCUACCUCCACGCCAAGGGAAUCCUGCACAAGGACCUCAAGUCCAAGAACGUCUUCUACGACAACGGCAAAGUGGUAAUCACAGACUUUGGGCUCUUCAGCAUUUCCGGGGUGCUGCAGGCUGGCAGGCGUGAUGACAAGCUGCGCAUCCAGAGCGGCUGGCUGUGCCACUUGGCCCCGGAGAUCAUCCGCCAGCUUUCUCCCGACACAGAGGAAGACAAGCUCCCCUUCUCCAAACACUCGGACGUCUUUGCGCUCGGGACAAUCUGGUAUGAGCUCCAUGCCAGAGAGUGGCCUUUCAAGACCCAACCAGCAGAGGCAAUAAUCUGGCAAAUGGGCACAGGCAUGAAACCCAGCCUCAGCCAGAUGGGCAUGGGAAAAGAAAUCUCGGACAUUCUUCUCUUCUGCUGGGCCUUUGAACAAGAAGAGAGACCUACCUUUACCAAGCUCAUGGACAUGCUGGAGAAACUGCCAAAGCGAAACCGCCGCCUGUCUCACCCUGGACAUUUCUGGAAGUCUGCAGAGUAA